GUGCUGGUUGCUGGGGAAUUCAGUGAUGGUGACUCGAGUGAAGGUAACCUGACGCCGGUCACUGUUUGGCUUACCAGCAGGUAGCGCUGCCUCGCACACACCGACCCGAAAACGGAAAAAAAAAAAGUUUGAGUGUUGCCCUGAGAUUUAACGCUUGCGCAGAACAGGUUGCCUGGCCAGUUCCUCUGGUUGACUUACCUGAGAGGUACAUCAGUUUCGGUCAAUAACAGAGAGCAACUAACGCGACAUCAGUCAGCUGAGCCUGGACUUCUAUGAGCGAAAGAAGAAGUUUAAUAAAAGCGCGAUCACUUUUUGACCGAAUCCGAGGUUAAAUGAGCGGGAGGAACGGAGUAUCUCAUCUUCCCGUGGCUUCUGGCAGGUGCGCUCGUGUUUUGUCGCCCGUACGACACGAGGAAACGGAGCUCGUGACAGGUCGCCGACUUCUUCCCUCUGCAUUGCACGGUUGAGUCCGGUAGACGCCGCCUUUCUUCGUCGUGGAAAGCCUGGGAAACAGCUGGAUGCCUUCUUCUUGAGCGGUCCGGUAUCGGUGCCGUUUUCCCUGAUUAAUUAAAGCGCUGUCUCGCGGAGGAAGAUGAUGGGCUUUCUGCGCAGGACGUUUAGCCGUCGGUCAAAGAGACGGCCGCCGAGCGAGGUAGACGGGACCGGUAGAGGCGGAAACGCAGUGCUCCAGGCGCACCAGCAGCAGGUGAUUCACGCGCCGACUGUAGUGACCGGGGGAGCCGUAGUGCACAUCCCCGCAGCGGGCAACAGCAAAGACGCCAUCACAUGCAGAGUCCUGCUGCUGGACGGAUCGGAUGUCAAUGUGGAGUUACCGAAACACGCCAAGGGGCAGGAUCUGUUUGAUCAGAUUAUGUAUCACUUGGAUCUGGUGGAGGCUGAUUACUUCGGGCUGCAGUUCAUGGACCCAGAGCAGGUUGCGCACUGGCUGGAUGCGGCCAAGCCCAUAAAGAAGCAGAUUAGACAUGGACCUCCAUACAGAUUGUUUUUCAGGGUUAAAUUCUAUUCCUCGGAGCCCAAUAACCUUCACGAAGAGUUUACCAGGUAUCUCUUUGUACUGCAGCUUAGACAAGACAUACUGUCCGGCAAGUUAAAAUGUCCGUAUGAUGUUUCCGUAGAGCUCGGGGCUUAUUGCUUACAGAGUGAACUUGGGGAUUGUGAUCCACUAGAACACUCGAUUUUGUUAGUGUCAGAGUUUCGCUUUUCACCCAAACAGACGGAGAUUAUGGAGGCGGACAUCUACCGCAAAUGGGUUGAGUGCAGAGGAAUGAUUCCUUCUCAAGCUGAGCUGAAUUUCCUGAAUAAGUGCAAGUGGCUGGAAAUGUACGGAGUGGACAUGCAUUUUGUGAAGGGACGGGACGGGGGAGAAUAUGCUCUGGGACUCACUCCAACUGGAAUCCUUGUUUUUGAGGGAUCCAGCAAAAUUGGUCUCUUUUUCUGGCCUAAAAUAACCCGUCUUGACUUCAAGAGGAACAGACUGACCUUAGUCGUGGUGGAGGAUGAUGAGAAGGGUCGAGAGCAGGAGCACACAUUUGUUUUUCAGCUGUCGAGUGCUCAUGAGUGUAAGCAUUUAUGGAAGUGUGCAGUCGAGAGCCAUGCCUUCUUCCGGCUCCGGCAGCCAACCCACAACAAGACCAGCCGCAGUGACUUCACACGCCUGGGCUCACGCUUCAGAUUCAGUGGAAGGACCGAAUAUCAGGCCACGCAUAGUGGUAAAGUCAGAAGAGCAAGCACUUUUGAGAGAAGGCCAAGUAAAAGAUAUCCAUCACGAGCACAGUCUAUGGUCAAGGCCAUGACUCCAGCAAAACAUCCCCAUUUAAGUGCACAGACCAGCCCUGAGCCAAGCUUAAAACCGUAUAAGCACAACAUUCCAAUUGCACAGGAUCCCUGGCAAAGAUCACACCCUCCUCCUUCUCUGACCUCUCCUCUAUACAUCCAGCCCAUGGAAUUAGGACACACACCUCCACCACACAGUUUCCCUUUGAGCGCUGCAGACACCCGGAGGUUUAGUGUGGAAGAGAAUGAGGCUCCUCAUUCUGGAAAGAUCCAUCGCUGCUAUCAUCACCAUGGUUAUGAAAAACAAGAACCGUUGUGCCUCACAACAGCUAAACCUAAAGCUUGGGUUGUAUCUCCUGCACUCUCGGAUGAAUUGGAUCGAGCUCUGCACCAGCUGGAGGCAGAACCUGCAGCCUGGCCGGCCCUUCACAUCAACAUAGACAUGGCAGAGGAAAAACCACUUUCAGAGAAAAGUCUUCCUUCCUCGCCUGCGGUAUUACAGGAACAGCUAAAAAGCAACAUCUCUAAACGGGUCACACAAAGUGAUAGUGGAACCUCAAAGGGGAACUCUUCAGUGGAGACCAAACGGAACAGGUAUCCCAGCUCCUCACAGGAUUCAGGCUCGAGCAGUCUGAACAUUGAAAAGCCUAAAGUGGACCGGCGCAAACGCCUCGUCAGACAGUUCAGCUUUAACCAUAGUGAUGAAGAUGACCUUCCUGAGGCACUUGCAGCCAUCUCCUCCCAAUGCAGUAUGGGGAAAUCCUCCUCAAACAGCUCCUUGGACAAACAAGUCCAGCCACCGAUUUAUCCACCGCAGAAAGAUACUUCACGUUUGGAGCAUGACAGUUCACCACUGUUCUUUCCAAGUCCAGUACCUCACCUGCUACCAUAUGCUACACACACACAAAGCUCUGAAGACCUGCGGAUGGAGAGAGAGAAACUGCUGAGGGCGCUGUUAAUGACAGAACUCUGAGACAGGACACACACAAAACAACACAACUAAUUACCCACAACAAAACCCACAUGGACAAAACAGCCCUUAAAUCGAUGCACUAAUUUAUUUCACUGUUACACAGUAUUUGCUUCUGAGCAAACCUCUUUGCUAUAAGAGCUAUUUUAGCAUUUUGCUAACAUCAUUCAUCAAUGUUCA